CUUUCCAUAUUUUUAGGUGUCCGCCAUCCCCCUUCAAACGCAAAUAAACUCUCUCUUCUCUCUACCCUCACCUCUCUUCACUCCUCAACUCUCUCCUCCUCCACACACUUUCUCUCUCUAUAACUCUCCCUUUUUCUACGUUCAUUUCACCAUUUCCUUUCCUUCCAUUCCCACAAAUGGAAACCACUCCUGAUCAUUUCUUCCAUACUCAAUUCACUCCCGAAAAACAAUUCAUCAUUGACGACCUCCUCAAUUUCCCCACCGACGACACUGCGCCUCUCGACGAGGCGUAUGAUGUCGUCGGUGACAUUGCCAAUGCCGGUACCUCCACCGACUCGUCGGCCGUCACUACGGCCGCUGACUCCUCCGGCGAUGGUGGUCGCCGGAGCGUCACUGACGCUCAGUUUUCUCAUGACCUUGGUGUCCCGUAUGAGGAUAUGGCUCAGCUAGAAUGGUUAUCAAAUUUUGUGGAGGAUUCAUUUUCAUCUGAAGACAUGGAGAAGCUUCAACUGAUUUCUGGAGUGAAACCGCGACCCGGUGAUGCAUACGAGACCUCGAAAUUCCAGCACGACGCUGAUAACCGAGCCAAUAACGCGAAAUUUAACACUGAAAUGACGGUUCAAUCAAAGGCGCGCACCAAGCGUUCUCGUGCUGCACCGUGUAAUUGGACAUCUCGACUCAUUGUUUUGUCUCAACCAUCUAACGGUCCCGCUAGCACGAUUUCCUCGGAGUCCGAGUCCGACAUUGUCUCGAGUUCAAUUGUUAAGAAAGCGCCUCCCAAGAAAAAGGAAGUGUAUGACAACGAGUCUCAUAAUGGAGAGGGGCGGAAGUGUCUCCACUGUGCCACUGAUAAAACCCCUCAAUGGCGUACUGGACCAUUAGGUCCAAAAACGCUUUGUAACGCAUGUGGGGUUCGCUACAAGUCUGGUAGACUGGUCCCUGAGUAUAGGCCUGCUGCGAGCCCCACAUUUGUUCUUACAAAACACUCGAAUUCGCAUCGUAAAGUACUUGAGCUAAGGAGGCAAAAAGAGAUGCAAACUUCACAUCAACAACCAUUCUUUCAUCAUCAAAAUAUGAUGUUUGAUGUAUCCAAAGGGGACGAGUACUUAAUCCACCAACAUGUUGGUCCGGAUUAUCGACAAUUAAUAUAAUUAAUUUGAUAAAUGGCGGUUCAGUUGAGAAAAAAAAAAAGUCAUUUUUCAUAAUUUUUUUUCUAGUUUUUGAAAAUUAAUCUAGUCAUUGUUUGAAUUUUCAAACCAAAAUUUCAUAGGGUUAAGAUUGAGCUUAUGAACUUUAGAUGCUUGUAAUUUCAGUUGAA